AUGUCAGUUCAAAAAAGAAACAGAAACAAUAAAACCCGGUGGGUCGGUCGAUACCGAGACCCCGCCGGCAAGGAACACUCCAAGACUUUCGACACGCGCCGGGAAGCAACCGCCUGGGUGGCAGAGCGUCAGCGCGACAUGAGACGCGGCGAAUGGAUAGACCCGGCGGAUCAGACCACGACGAUCGGUCAGCUUGUCGAUGAAUGGACGGCGAGCGCGACCCGGCCGAAUACCAUCGCGAACCGCCGGGCGCUGCGUGAGAAUUUAGGCGACCUGGCCGACAUGCCGAUCGUCGCUUUGAGGACAUCGCAUAUCAGCGAAUGGCGCGCGACGUUGCUAACGCGCCGGCCGUGGAAGCGCGGCGGGAAACCGCUCGCGGAAUCAACCGUCGCGAUCAUGACAGGCAACCUCGCCGGCAUAUUGGACCGAGCACAGCAAGACGGGCUUAUAAACCGUGUGCCGCGUAUCGAGGGAGCCCGCGCGCCGUCGUCGACUUCGAUUAAACGCGCCGACCUUUUGACCGCCGAGCUCGUCGCGCGAAUCAUCACCGCGGCCGAGACCGACAAGCCACGAAGCCCGGCGCGCCGAUGGUUAGCGCGCAUGAUUAUCGUCGCCGCCGGCGCCGGUCUACGUAUCAGCGAGCUGGCUGGCCUUCGUGUGCGCGAUGUCGAUUUCCUUCGCCGUGAGAUUCACGUCAGAGAGCAAGCAGCCACGAACGAAGGUCACGCCCCGCUUAAAUCGGAGUCGGCGGCGCGGACCGUCCCGGUCCCCCCGGCCGUACUCGACGCUAUUGCCGAGCAAUUGGCAGAGACCCCACGCGGCCCGGAUCAGACUAUUUGGGCGCGCGAAGAUGGGCGCCUGCACAACCGGAAUUCGAUCGGCCGGGCGUUGCAGCGCGUGAUCGAUUUGCACGAAUUGCCGGCGGUCACAAUGCACGACUUUAGGCACUUUUACGCGUCGGCUUUAAUCGCGGCGGGCGUGCCGGUUACCGGGGUCCAGGCGGCCCUUGGUCAUGCUUCGGCGGCGACGACGCUUCGGGUGUAUGCGCACCUCUUCGAGGGCGCCGAGGACGUCACCAGAACGGCCGCUGCGCGGGUCAUGGACGCGGUGCGGGACCAGUGCGGGACGGGCCCGAAGUUGGUCGCCUUGUAG